GCCGCCGCCGCCGCACCACCCCUCCCGCUGGCGUAUGGGUGUGUGUGAUUCAUACUAAAUAUAAAGUCAACGCUUUUCUUUUAGUUCGGAAGAAGUUUUAAUUUUGGAUGCAUAGUUAUGCCCCGAAUUUGUUUCAAAUUUAAUGUGCCCCAUAAAAAUAGAUCCAAGUGAUAAUCCGAAUGGCUGUAAAAAGCGGGCAGAUACGACCAAAUGUUUCCGGAUCUCAGUGCAACGGAACCACAACAUUUAUUACGGGGCUGCUUCUGGCGCCUAUCUAACCGGCGGGCGGGUAAUUUCCGUAAUCGAACACUGCCAAUCCUCCCUGCCACUCAAUACAUAUGUCUCCGUCUGCUUUUCAAUAACCCGGGCGCCACCUUCUGAUUUAUUAUUCACAGAGAGAUCGGCAUGACUAACAAUGAGAUUGCGGCGCUGAUUUAAAUGGAAAACUUUGAAAACAACAACGCGCCGAGCCUGGUGAUAACGACAAGAACGAAAAACAAAUACUAACAAUUGCAUGCAACAACGAAAUAGACAACAAGCCCCAAAGGGACGCAGAGACGACAAGUAAACCAGUAAGACCAGUGGUAUGCACCUGGUUGAGAUCGGAGCAACGAUGAACCGCACCGCCUCCGUUUCCCACAAUUAUGCUGCCUGUUUGCUGGACAACCGGCAAGCGUCCUAUGCAGACCUCACGUACCCAGGCUGCGACAUGCCCCCGACCGAGUACGCCCCAUCCGACAUGAGAUUCUCUAUCAAUCUGUGGAAGAACGAUCCGCCCGACUAUGUCGAUCUCAUAUGCAUGAUCCCGAAUGGCACCCUGCUGAUGAUGAAGGCCCCCUCGUCGACCACGAUACGGGAAAUCAAGGUGGAGGUCGUCAAGAUGGCGAAACAGAACUGCCUGGGCUAUAUGAUCAAGGAUGCGUGCGACUAUCAGUUCUACGGAAUCUCUGUGUUCAACAUCGAACCCUACACGGACGAGACGAAGCGCCUGUGCGAGGUGCAGCCCCACUUUGGUCUACUCAGCCUGGGCGACCGCACCGAUGCCACCAGCUUCUCCAGCGACUACGAACUAACGAAGAUGGUCAGCGGCAUGAUUGGCAACUCAUUCGACCAUCACCGAACCCAAGGCACGCCCGAGAUCGACGACUUUCGACGCAGCAUGACAGAUCUCUGCGAGAGCAUCGAGGUGGAGCGUUCCCAGUUCACGUGGCAGCAGCGUCUCCUCUAUGAGCAUCCCCUGAGGCUGGCCGGCUCGGUGGAUAUGCCCGAGCUAAUACGUCAGCGUCAUCCAACAUCCGCUUUUCUGAUAGUCGUAAAGAACGAGAACGAUCAGAGCACGUUCACGCUGUCUGUCAUGGAGAAGGACACCCCGUUCUCGCUGAUCGAGAGCACGUUGCAGAAGAUGAACCGAUCGCAGAUGAAGAUGAACGAUCGCGCCGGCGACUAUAUACUGAAAGUGAGCGGCCGCGAUGAGUAUCUGUUCGGCGAUCAUCCGCUGAUACAGUUCCUGUACAUCCAAGAAGCACUCUCGGACUCGGCCGUGCCCAAUGUGGUGCUGCAGUCGGUGAUCCGCAUGGAGUCGUACAUCAAUCACCACAACGAGCAGAGCAUGGGCCUGAAGCGAGCCCCCAAGAAGGACCGGUCCGUGGUGCUCCAUAAGGCACCCACAUCGCUGUGGGAUUUGGGCAACUACUUUCAGCUGACGCUGCACAGCAUCAGCAACGUCAACUACGACAAGACACGGGCGUUCCGGGUGGGCGUUGAUGUGGGGCUGUAUCAUGGCGAGCACAAGCUGUGCUCGCAGCGAUCGAUAGAUGCGCCCAAUGGCAGCUCGGACACGUUCCUCUUCAACGAUCAGAUCAUGGACUUUGACAUACAGAUGCGCAAUCUCCCGCGGAUGACGCGAUUGUGCAUCGUCAUCUUUGAGGUGACCAAAUUGUCGCGCUCCAAGAAGUCAUCCAACAACAAGGACAACGCCCAGAAGGACGUGUCGUACAACAAGAAUCCCCUGGCCUGGGUCAAUACAACGCUUCUGGACUACAAGGCUCAUUUGCGAACUGGCCGACAGGUGCUGUACACGUGGACAUAUGCGGACGAUAUACAGUCGGACGAGGUGUUCCACCCGCUGGGCACCAUCGAACCGAAUCCGCGCAAGGAGGAGUGCGCCCUGGUGCACGUAACAUUCCACAGCAGUGGCGCCGAAUCCGUGCGCUAUCCCUGCGAGAAUACUGUCUUGCAAUAUGCAGCGGAUCGAGCGCUGGCCAGCCUCCGCGAGAAGCAACAGCAGCCGGCAGAGCCCGAGAAACCACUGAAAGACCUCAAGGAGUUGGUGGCCAACUACACCGGCCUGGACAAGAUCUAUGAGAUGGUGGACCAGGAUCGCAAUGCCAUUUGGGAGCGCAGGAAUGAUGUCCUCCGCGAAUUGCCAGAACAGCUGCCGAUCCUCUUGCACUGUGUGUACUGGAAGGAGCGCGACGAUGUGGCCGACAUCUGGUACCUCCUCAAGCGGUGGCCGCUCAUCUCGGUUGAACGAUCACUGGAACUGCUGGACUAUGCAUAUCCAGAUCCAGCCGUUCGUCGAUUUGCCAUCAAGUGUCUACAAAUUCUCAAGGAUGAUGAUCUGCUAUUGUACCUGCUCCAACUGGUGCAGGCCAUCAAGCACGAAUCGUAUCUGGAGAGUGAUCUGGUUGUGUUACUGCUGGAGCGAGCGCUGCGCAAUCAACGCAUCGGCCACUACUUCUUCUGGCAUCUGCGAUCCGAGAUGCAAACGCCUUCGAUGCAGACACGGUUCGGCCUCCUGCUGGAGGUCUAUCUCAAGGGCUGUAAGCAUCAUGUGGCGCCGCUGCGGAAACAGCUGCAGGUGCUCGACAAACUGAAGCAGGUCUCUGUUUUAGCCAAGAAGGGCAGCAAGGAAAAGGUGAAAACCAUGCUGCAGGACUUUCUGAGGGAUCAGCGGAACACGGGCGUCUUCCAGAACAUACAGAACCCACUGAAUCCCAGCUUUCGGUGUAGCGGCGUCUCGCCUGACCAGUGCAAGGUGAUGGACAGUAAGAUGCGUCCGCUGUGGGUGGUGUUCGAGAAUGCCGAUCUGAACUCGAACGAUGUGUACAUUAUAUUCAAAAAUGGCGAUGAUCUGCGCCAGGACAUGCUCACACUGCAGAUGCUGCGGGUGAUGGACAAGUUGUGGAAACGAGACGGCAUGGACUUUCGCAUGAACAUCUACAACUGCAUCAGCAUGGAGCAGCGCCUGGGCAUGAUUGAGGUGGUGCGGCAUGCGGAGACGAUUGCCAACAUACAGAAGGAGAAGGGAAUGUUCUCGGCCACGUCGCCGUUCAAGAAGGGCUCGCUGUACAGUUGGCUCAAGGAGCACAACAAGCCCGCUGAUAAGCUGAACAAGGCCAUCAACGAGUUCACGCUUAGCUGUGCCGGCUACUGUGUGGCCACCUAUGUACUGGGCGUGGCCGAUCGUCAUUCCGACAACAUAAUGGUCAAGAGGAACGGACAGCUCUUUCACAUCGACUUUGGACACAUCUUGGGACACUUCAAGGAGAAGUUUGGUGUGCGUCGUGAGCGUGUACCGUUUGUGCUAACCCACGAUUUUGUGUACGUCAUCAACAAGGGCUGUAAUGAUCGCGAGGCGAAAGAGUUUUGUCACUUUCAGGAAUUGUGCGAGCACGCAUUUUUAACAUUACGCAAACACGGCUGCCUUAUCUUAUCGCUGUUCUCGAUGAUGAUUUCAACAGGACUGCCGGAACUGUCCUCCGAGAAGGACUUGAACUAUCUACGCGACACUUUGGUGCUGGACUAUACGGAGGAAAAAGCACGCGAACAUUUCCGGGCGAAAUUCAGCGAAGCUUUGGCCAACUCCUGGAAAACUUCUCUAAAUUGGGCCUCGCACAAUUUCUCCAAGAACAACAAACAGUAAACGGACAUCAACAAAAUGCAGCACACGAUCGUUGUGUGUUCCAAAACACUAUCUCACCCCCACAGAAGCCCCAGAGGGAUCAUUCCCAAUCCUCUCUGCUUAUAUUUACAUUGGUAACACGCUCCGCAACAGACGGGCGUGGGUAUCCGUAAAAUGCAUAAAACCAAGUUCAAAACUACAUAUGUAUGUGUUCACUAUGUUAGGCCGACCCACAAGCCCCCACAAAACCCACAGCCCCCCAUAUAUGUCACACUAUUGAUGUAAUCACUGCCACAAGUGCUCCAAUAUAAUUUAAUGUCCUGCCUCUUGGAUUACCUAAAUAUAUAUAUUUGAUAUUUGAACAAUGA